AAAAGUUCCUAGAGAGCAAUUCGAAAACCACUGUUGAAUCACGAGGAGCUGUAAUCGUAAUUUUUAAAAUCUACAUCGUGAACACUUGGUUGGACAUGAUGAAGCACUCCAGAAUUUUUAUAUGACGAGCAACGUGAGCCAUCCAAGUUGAUGAUGGAUCGAGUUCUUGACGAAGAAACUGAAAAUGGAAACCCCCAAGAGGAUGGGAAGAAAAUGUAUGAGCAAGAAGAAUAUAGUGGCACUGAUUCUGAUGAAGAUGAAGUCCAGUAUGGAGCAAGAAGAAGAAAACCUGAUAAAGGACCAUUUCGGGGAAACAAGUUAUAUGGAGAUAAAACUCAGGGAAGAGGAAAAGUCCUAAUAUUUUCUCCAUCUCCAAAUCAUGAAAAUGGCAGGGGAAGAGGCAGAGAUUAUGUUCGUAGCAGAGGACGUGGAUCACGGGCAUCUGCUUCUGAAGACCAUGAAGAUGGAUCUAACUACUCCAGGAAGACAAACUUUCGAGGCAAAGCUUAUGACAAAAUGAAUGACUCAAAUGAGAAUUUCUCAUCUGAAGAUGGGCGAAUUGGUCGUCAGUUACGUUUACUUUCGAGGGAAACUGAUGAAGAAGUCAUUAUUAAAAUUUGCCAGCAAUUACAGGAAGCAUUUCUGUUACAAGAUAACCUCCGCUAUAUUCGCUACAACCUCAUCCCUAUCGGCAACAGCAUAAUUGAAACUUACAAGCUGAUAAACAGUACUCAAGCUCGACAGACCGUAUCAUUGGCUAUCUCUCGUUUGGGAUUUGUUUCGGAUCACGACUUUAAUAGUUUUGCCAAAUGGAUUUUGUCUGCAUAUCAGAAAGAGGCAAACGAGAAAGUUUGCUGUUCCAUUAUGGAAGCUUUAACUGAGAUGCUGAAAUUGAAUGAAAAAAACCCUCGUUUGAAAAAUGUUGACACGCUGUUGCUUCCUGGACUUCAGUCGGCAUUGGAGUCAGCAGAUACUCCCGACUUGUUUGAGUCAACACUUAACCCGGUGCUGUUGAUCGCUGUGAAGAAUCCUACAUCAUUUCUUCCUUAUUUCAGGGACACAGUAGAUAUUUUAGUUGGUUGGUUUGUUGAUCCUGCCCAACCAGUGAAGGUGAUUCGGUCGGCCACCAGGGCACUUCAGAUAUUGCGUCCUUUUUGGAAAGAAGACCUAACUUUCUCGAAAACUCUCCUAUCUCAAUUUCUUGAAGAUUUGGAUGCCUAUGCGGCGGAAACCAAUGCUCUGCUUGUAACCCCCGCUCCUCCCGGUGAAGAUAUUUUGGCUGUAUCGUUGCGAAAAAUCGCCUCUCUUUUAAGUGUGUUUGUGGUUGUUGGAGCCCAAGUCUGCCUCCUGCCGGAAACUUCAAUUUUUUCACCUGGCUUUCUUAACAUUGCAAUAUCGAAAGUAAGCCUAUGCGCAGGAGAGCUUCUACUGCGGGUUGGAGAAAUGGAUGAAACGGAUGUUGAAGGCAGCGCCUUGGGGGAUGUUAUCCAGUUUGCAAAUGGAUGUCUCUCACUCUUGGUAAGAUGGUUGGGCAACCGAGUCACUCCAGAAGCUAUGAAGCCAUGUUUCGAUCUUCUGGAACACCAAGUCAAGUCAGCAACUAAAUACGAGUACCCUCUGUUAAUCAGCAUGCUGCAGUUGAUGACUUGCUUGGCUGAGCAACAAAUAGUAGCUUCACAUCUGCCUCUCGAAACCAUCCAGCACUGGAUGGAGGUAUCCAGUUGGGUGAUCUGUUCUGCACGCAGCCGCGAAAUUCUUACUCAUGUAGCCAAACUCUUGCGUGCAAUCGUGAAAGUGAAGAAUGUCUCGUUAUUAAUUGAAGUCUACAGGCGAUUGGCAUCGGAUUUGGACAAUUGUUUUACAAUUUUGAGAGAAAAGGGCAACGGCAAAGCUCACGUUUGCAGUGAAACUGAAGAAAAUGCAUUACUACUUCUCUCUCCGUUAGCUGAUCUUGGUCGAAGUAGUAGUCUUGUGGGAAUGUGGGCACUAGAACCUAGCUUGUUAGAGCUAUUGGUCGGUAAGCUUCAACCGGCCGAUCGAAUUCAAUCUCUUUACCAUAAUCACCCGGCCUUAUGUUUGGGAAUCCUGAGAGUGCUGCACUGCCAUGCCAAGAGCCAUAGUCAUUUCGUAGCCAACAGUUGUUUAUUGGUGAAUGCCGCUUCUGGCAGCAAAAACCUGCACGGCUGCAUAUCUCCAACGAGCGGAAAUCUUUCGCUCAUUUUGAAUUUAUUGACGGAUCUGUGUUUGGAGUUUAGUCGCAUUUCUACUUGCGAAGCCAGCAAGAUCCUCCUUCUGCAAUGGUCUGGACAGUUGCUGGAUACUUGCAAACCUUGUACAUCUCAGCUAAAUCAAUCGGAACUGUUUCAACGUUUUCUUUCAUCCGUUGUUGGAUUUUGCGAAUCAACAUCCGCUCAUCAUCCAUUUGCCGUGGAAUUGUUGCUGUCCUCUUUAUUGGAUUUACCGGAGAUCACUCUUAAGACGGAAUUGGCUGCCCAAGUAGCCAUGAUAUGCAUACGUCAAUUGCGCAACGAUUCACAAUCCAGCAAUUUUCUCCACUUGCUUGGACGAUUUCCACCACAAAUCGUUCUAGAUGCCACAUGUCGAAUCAAAAAGGAUUUGUUGACUGGUAUGUCAAUUGCGACUUGGGUUCAAAACGAAACCACGAUUACUAACCGCAGUAGCCAGCAAUUUUUCGACUUUAUCUUCAAAGGUGUCCCAGUUGCUUCGUUCGAAUCCAUUUACAGCUUCUAUAUAGGUGGUUGCAAAAGUAAUAGUGCUCAACCAGCAAAUUGCGAUCUUCCAUUGUGGCUCGCUGUUCAGUCUGCAUUACUUUGCGUCAACAGCAAAUUACGAACUCCCCUUGGGAAGGCGCAAGACACAUUUCUUGCCAUUGAAGAUGCCAUCAAGUCUGCAGCGGGGCGCCCUUCUGGCCAGGAAAGCGUAACAGAGCAGAAUCUAGCCCAGUUAAACCGCGUUCGACUCCUCUUAUCGUUUUAUGAAAUGCUGGAAAAGUUCAUGUACAACGCAUUUGAUGGUUGCAGUAUUGCUCUACCGCUAGCACCGAAGGCUAUUCGGGUCUUCUUCCGCACCAAUCAAACUACCUGCCAAGAGUGGGUAAACCGUAUGGGUUGCGCUGCUUUGACUGCAUCCGUUCGUGUAGGUCGGCACGCCAGCGCCGCCAGAUUUGGCCUUAAUUUGCUUGCUCAUUGGACUCAUACUCGUCGAGCAGUUGACUCUGCUGAUCUAGAAAACGUGCUUCAACAAGUUGUACAAAGUCUGAUCAAGUUAGGGGCGUCACAACAAAUCCGAGGACUAAAAUCUUGGAUGACUGCUCCUAAGCAAGCAGAUUUUUUUCACCUGAUAAACGUAGACUUCCUCGAAGCAGCUGCUCUUCAAGCUGACUCAAAGUAUGAAAAGGCAAUUGAAUUUUAUUCAACCACCGAAGGCCAGCCGACUUCAUUUAUUUGCAGCCAGGUUAUCGAUUCAUACCUUGCGUUGUCAGAUUGGGAGGGUUUUAUUAAUUGGAAGAGCCAAGCUGUUGAAUGGAUAAACAACGUACCCCAAUCGAAAAAGCAAAUUGCUGAUUUAAUGGAAGCGUUUGAUCGUAAUGCCCAUUUACAAUGGCCAGAAAAGUCCUCACCAGCACUAGAGGUCCAAUGGUCGGUGGAAAAUUUGAUGAGUGAAGCCAAGAGCGGGCUGUCCAUGGCAGCUGAUCGAAUUCGAGCUUCACGCUCCGUGUACCUAGCUCCUGCCUGUUCCUGGAAGAUCCUGGAGACUUUGGUUGGCUCCAGUUUGGAGCUGUCUAAUUUCGCUAUCGAAGAGAGUGUGGCAAGUUUGUUACCACUAGCUCAUGCUCUAUCGCACAAGAAUGAUUCCGCAUACCUAUGGAUGCAACACACUCACUCGGUCCUCAAAGGUGCUAGCUGUACCGGAUUGAAGUACUGUUCCAGCAAGACCGGCGUUGAAUGGUCACGUUGGCUUCAUUGGUAUUCCUCAUUGGACAGACAGGCCGCCGAUAUCACUACUGCUUGUGCCGAGAUGGACCUUUCCAUCGUCCCGCAAGCUCGUCUUGAAGGAAACUUGCGUCUAGCCGAGCGUCAACUACUGCGGACCAUGAACAGCUCCCAAGUUUUGGUUCAGUCUCAUGAUAUGGCCACUCAACUAAUGAACGAAGCUCUCAAAAUGAAUCUAACUUGUAUUAGCAGCACAAGACUGGCUAUACUAAGGCAAUUCGAAGGAGCAAAACUACUUCAUCAGAAAGGCGAGACGGAUGCCGCCAUCAGCGUCCUUACGCAGUGUUCUCUAGCUUUGUCUCGUUCACUGCAGGGUUCUCAAAGUGCUGCAGAUGCUAUUUUGCCUCAUAUGGCAGAAUCUUAUACAUUGCUGGCUAAAUGGCUUCAACAGAGUUUGGAGGAUGCAUCACCAUUGAAAAACAUUGCAACUCUGAAAGAGUUGGCCAACGCCGGAGCAGUCGAUCAAGACCACGCUGCAUUAGUCAGUAAAUUAAUGGAGCGAGCUUCACAGUUCUGUCCUUCUUCAUCUGAAGCUUGGCUAGCGUGGGGUCAAUAUCAGUAUUCAGGAGCUCAACAACAGACGCACAUCAAGUCACUGCUAACAGGCGUUUUAUCGGCAGAAGAUAUUGCUCGUUUAAGCGAAAGCUUUGAUGAAUUGUCGGGCGAUGUCGAAAAAGUCUUGACGUCGGAUUCGAUUCUGAGCAAAAAACCAACUGUACUGAAGCGCCUUGUGUCUGAAGUGCAGAGUCGUCAAGUUUCUGCCGUCGAGAGCUACAGUGGCUCCUUAAAGGCAUUCUUUCAAUAUCUGAAUCUUCGAGGAUCAAGCAGCGAUCAAAGUCACCAUAGAGAUACUGUGGAUGUGACUCUUCGAAUUUUAUGCAUCUUAAGCCGACAUCUCGACCGUAAACUAGACAACACUAUUGACGACGAAUUCAUUCAAACUCUUAGUGAUGCAACCGAGCGUACACCUUCAGGAGCUUGGCGUUCAAUCACUCCGCAAUUGUUCUCUUUGAUGCAACAUGGUCGGCCUUGGUUGCGAACUUUGGUUUGUAAUCUUCUCGGUCGUUUGGCGUCCGAGUGGCCACAAUUACUCGUCUUCCCAGUUGCAGUUGGUGCCGCUGGAUUGGCUUGGUCUUGGUCAACUGACCCGAUAAAUUUGAACGAGUCGGGCGACGAACCAGAUGAAGCCAAUGUCGAAGAAGCGAAAACUGAAUUGUGUAGUGCUUCUGAAUUGCAGACCGUGUAUCAAGGAGUGAUGGAUGAGAUGAAAAUGCAAGUACCUGAAAUGGUGCAGGACGUCCGGCUGUUAUUGACCGAACUUCGUCGAUUGGUGCUUCUAUGGGAUGAACUGUGGGUUGCGGUUUUGCAACAAAUGCAUCCGCAAGUGGAACAGUUGUUGCAUAAAUUGCAGUCACAAGCACAGAAAUUAAAUAAGAAGACUGGAUUGAAUGAUGCGGAUAAAAAGGAGCUGCUCCAAAAACAUUUUAUCGUGCUAUUUAAACCUGUGUUGUUGGUGCUCGAAGCUGUAGCCAAAAUCACCAACCUUUCCCCACAGACCCCUCACGAAAACUGGUUCACCCAACGAUACAGUAAAACUAUCAAUGACGGCAUCGAAAGUUUUAAAGAAGGAUGUAAUUCAGAACGUACCGUCGCUGAGCUAUGGCUUCCGUUUAAGAACAUGCUUCAACAAUUGCAACAUAUAAACUAUCGCCGCUCUGUUCUUAAAUUGGACGAUGUCAGUCCAGCUUUAAAACUGAUGAAAGAUACAAAAAUUCCGAUGCCCGGGGUUAACGAUAGCAAACAAGUACCUACUUUGUUUAUUAAAUAUGUGGAGAAUGUCAUCAUUGUCUUACCCACCAAAACUAAACCAAAGAAAUUUGUUUUCGUUGGCACCAAUGGCAAAAGGUAUGCGUACCUAUUUAAGGGUAUGGAAGACUUGCAUUUGGAUCAACGGAUAAUGCAGGUAUUAUCACUGACAAAUGUGCUCCUCUCCGACUCGAAAAAUCGUUACCGUGCUCGUCAUUACGGCGUAAUUCCUCUGGGACCUCGCUCGGGACUGAUUCAAUGGGUUGAGGGUGUUACACCACUCUUUGCCCUUUACAAACGCUGGUUGCAGCGACAAGCUGCCAACAUCGUACAAGGAAAAGGAGAAAAGGACAACACAGCCACAUCCGUUCCUCGUCCGUCGGAACUAUUUUUUAACAAACUGACACCUUUGCUGGAAGCAGAGGGUCUGAGUGCGGAUCCCCGCCAGCGUAAUCAAUGGCCGAUCGAAAUUCUACGUCGAGUGCAGGCAGAAUUGAUGGAAGAAACUCCAAAAGAUCUAGUUGCACGAGAGUUAUGGGCUGGUAGUUUGAACGCUGAGCAGUGGUGGUCGUCAACUUUGCGCUUCGGACAAUCUUGCGCCGUAACUUCUGUGAUAGGUUACACUAUUGGACUCGGGGAUCGUCAUUUGGAUAACGUUUUGGUUGAUUUGCGCUGCGGAGAGGUUGUCCACAUAGAUUACAAUGUUUGUUUCGAAAAAGGUCGACAACUUCGAGUUCCUGAAAAUGUUCCGUUUAGAAUGACGGCUAAUAUCCAACAUGCGUUGGGAGUUGCCGGAACAGGAUUGGAAGGAACAUUUCGCUUAUCGUGCAUUGAUGUAAUGAAAAUGAUGCGGGAAAAUCGAGAGCUGUUCAAGAUUCUGCUGGAACAUUUUGUAUAUGAUCCACUCAUUGAUUGGCGAACCCCACUUCCAUCCACUUCACAUGAAUCAACGCUUAUUCCACUUUAUGUGGUGAAUCCGGCUCUAGCAGCACAGUGUUCAAUCCAGAAACGCAUUGCCGAGACAGACUCUACUUUCAAACUUUUUGAGUUACGGAUGUCGGAACUAGGCCCUGAUUGGUCAUUAAACCAUGAUGAAAUGGUAUCAAUCCUCUCUUCGUUGAAAGAAUCUUCUUCUGCUUGGGGUGAUAUACAUCAACAAAUUGAAAGGUUACAGGAGGAAGUUCAAGACCUUCAUCAGGAUCGUCUUGUUCUGUUUGAUGUUCGUUCAGACAAAAAUCAUGUUAUGCGCCAACCGCAACAAUUAUCGACGAUUCUUCUUCCUCUACGUACUGCUUGGGAAGGCGAGAAGAGCGUGCGAGCCGCUCUAAGAACACUGGUUGAAGACAAUUCGAAGUGGACUCAACUCUACUUGAUGGCAUUCUCUUCUUUGACAUCGGGACAACUCAAACGAUGGGCAGAUGAAAUAAAUUGUCCUUCCCUAUCAACCGACAAUCACGAAACAGGAUUUCCACUUGCAGUGGAGUUCUUGAAUACGUCAGGACAAACUGCUUUGGCGCAUCAAGGCCAAUUAUUAGAUCAGCAGGUGCGAUUAUUCAGAGAAAAUCAACAAGCAGCAGUGUCGGUGGUCAUAAAUUUGUUAGGAACUUAUUCCUCUCUUGCUGUUCAAUACCCUGCUAACAAGCUAGAAAUUCACAGGAACCAGCUGUUUUCUACCUGGGCCAAUGAUCUCGAAGAGAACCUGAGUACAGAAACUUGCCAACGUUUGGUCGCGGCCUUCCAAGACCACUUCAAUAUUGAUUCACCCGUUCUUUCAGCUAAACAACAGCGUAUCGUCGACUUCAACUUUUCUCUUCGUCGGUUGCUUAAUGAAGCUUCUAUGCGUCUGCAUCAGGCUUCAUUACAAUUGAAAGAAGAUAACGGAUUAAGCAGCUCUAACGAGCUGAUGAUGAAAUCACAAGAGUUAAUGAACCAACAUCGUAUUCUACAUGGCCAGCAGCCUGUCAACUCAGCUGUACUUGAAAGCUUAUAUCAUUUCUAUCAAGAAAUUGAACCGGCCCAAUCUGCAGGAUCGUUCGAUACUGUAAUGGUUGCUUGCAGUCAAGCUCAUUACGUAUCCGAAUUAAUGACGACAAACGACCCUGUAGAUGAUCCUAUUUCCAAUGAUGUCGCAGCUCUAAAACUGCUUAAUCAGUUACAUCAAGAUAUGCAAGAGUUCAUAUUUAACGGCUCAACAAUAGUGCUCCCAGAAUUGAUCCGGUUGUUUGAAUGCACUGACACCAGUGUUUUGCAGCUUCACGAAGAACUCGAAGCUCUUUGCAUUGAUAUAAACCUCACUAAAAUGGAAAUGACGCGAUUGCGCUUCCAAGACUUGCUUGGAGAAGGAGGAUGUGUUGAAGAGGAAAUUCGUUUGACUCAAGGACAAAUGCUACUUUUGUGUCUGAACGGUCUCUUUGAGAAAGUAGAAAAUGGAUUGAUCAAAUUUGCAAAUCAUUUACAAAAUAUGCCGCCAGUCAAAAACAACGUGGAACUUCUUGAAGAUGCCCAACAUAGAAUGGAGUCGGAAUUAUUCGAUAACUUGGAAGACACUCUUAUGGGCCAACGUCUCAUGUUGAUGAUGUCGCUCUUCCAAAGCUGCUCAGAUUGGUCAGAAGGAUUUCAAACGGGCCAGAUUUCUCGUGAACUGCAACAGGAUUCGUUUGUUGAUAAAUUCCAAAGAAUGGCGAGCACUUGGAUGGUUCAAUUUCUAUCCGGUGCAACUUCUUUCUGCGUUGUUCGCCUUUGCAUCCAUUUGGCUGACGAGUCAACGAGUACCGAAAACGGUCCCUCAACUUCUAUCGAAGAUUUAAUUGCAAUUAAAAGAAGCUCAAUGAAAUCGCAAGACUUAAAUGAAGAGCUGCUUGAUGAGGCCUCCGAACUGGUACAUUCAAUCGGGGAGCAGUGGCGUAAAUCCGAACUGGUCAAGUUAGCACACCAACGACAAGAGAUUGAUCAGUCUCUAGCCCAAUUACUACAGCAGCAAUUGUCUGCCCAUUCAUGGGUACAUGACACAAAUGCGGGCAUCAAUUCGACGCGUGGCCUAUUUAUUCACAAUUUGAAACAAUCACUUUCGGUUUUAUUGUCGCAAUCUCCUCAGUUGACAGAAUUUCACCAACAAGUGACGCAAUUGGCCACUCAAGUAGAGCAGCGUCUCAAAUGGGCCGUGGGGGCGAAUUCCAGUCUUCUCAAGGUUCUCAAUGAAUUCACCGAACUCCAUAACAAAUGCCUCCAGCGGUUACAGUCACUCUCUUCACUGGCCACUGCCCUGGCAAGUGUCAGCAGUGCUAUUUUGCAUUACGAGUCUUUCCGCACGAGAACUCCCGAGGCACUUGCCGUAGACUCUACUUUUGUUCAAUUGCUGUCUCAAUGUCAAGACGUUUGCUUGCUGAAGGAUUGCGGUACCAAUGGACGAUUGACCGACGCUGAAGUACGAUUGGCCCAACGUAUCAAAGUAGGAGAACAAGGUGCCACUGAAGACUGGAUUAACCAGACAGAAAAAUAUAUUACUGAUAAAAUUCUCGCAUCUAAAGAUCGGAUGAAUGAACUGGUGUCGAAACAAUCUACACGAGUUGAGGAGUUACAUGAGUUGAACGCCAUCAUGCGAAGUCAAUUGGCCGUUCACCAUCAACUUAUAUCGGAUGUGCGCUCCGUAUUGAAAAUCAUGGCUAAAUGUGAAACGGAGGAUGGAUCGGUUUCUCAAUAUUUGGAGAAGUAUCGCCAGUUUUCGGAAUGUUGUUCGUCAGUAUCGCGUCAUUUGGCCGCCAAAGAUUAUGAUUCUAAGAAGAUGGGUGAAAUUCAAUCUGAAAUCGGCAGUUUACAGGACAUGACAAGCGAUAUCUACAAUGGGUUGCGGCAGUUGUGUGGAGUUCUAACUAAAACUGAACAACCAAUCAGGAAAUCUAAUGAAGUAAACGCUAUCGCUGCUUCAAUUUGGCAUCGUGUGCGGCUGAAACUGGAAGGACGAGAUCCUGAUCCGAACAAGCAACUCACCGUUGAAGAACAAGUUGACGCCAUUAUCGAAGAAGCUACAAAUGUGGACAAUCUGGCCCUGCUCUACGAGGGUUGGACACCUUGGGUGUGAAUCAGCUGCGAGUAAACCGAGAAAAUUGCAACUUGUCAAGUCUAGCCAAAAGACGUUUUGCUUAAACAUGUCUCCUCACUUAGAAUAAAGAAGGCAAAUAUCGUCUCUUCUAGAUGUUGGGGGAAUAAGCAUGUAUGCAAAACAGUUGUGGCGACUAAGGAGAAAGAGGUACUCUUGUUAGACACGUUUUUGUCCCACCAUCUUUGCAAACAGAUUGUACGUGUGUGACGGAGUAGAAGCCAAGUAAUGUUUCCCUCCCAACUUGUCAGCCUCCGUGUAGGGGGGGGGGUGAGGUUAUUUUUUUAAACACUUUUUGUCCAGUAUUGGCUAAAAAAGAAAAUUUAACUUCACCGGGGAAGAGGGAAAUAGCUGGGCCGACCCCUUUCCUUGUGGGGAGGGGUCGCUAUCUAUCACAAGGUCUUAUAUUCUUCAAAUUAAUUUCCUCGUUUGCAUGAACGAGUUAUUUUGGCUUUUUCCUCUUUUUGUUUCCCAUUUGUUUAAUCCUCCUAGGAGGCAGCAUUCAUAGAAAACUUGUACCGCUAUUGACACGACGCCCUUGUCGAAUAUUUCACUUCUUCGCUUCGUUCCGUUUUCUUCAUUUGGAAUUUUCGAUUGAAUUCUUUUCUAAUUUCCUCUUUUGUGUAAUUCUUACAUUAAAUCAAAUACAGGAGAAAAAAAAUCCUUUUUGAAAUGCA